AGACAAAUUUUUAUAUUUCCUUAAGAACUUCACUCUAACCUCAUCUUAAAAAUCUCUAAUAAUUAUAUUCUUAGGAUAAUAAUAAUUUAAAUUAGAUUAUUGGGUCGACCUGGAAUCCAGAAUCGGAAUUAAUAAAUUAAUUAGUUAAUUAUAUAUUAGCUAAUAAAAAUAUUAGGAAUAUAUAGAACUAACAAACACUUGUUACAUGAAUGAUCAAUGGGCCUAGUCCAGGCCUAAACUGAAGACGGUCCCAAAUCAAAAUAAUAAUUAAAAAGAGACUACCUAAAACCCUAAACCGAAAAAAAUCUUAUUGCCUCUCAAAAACCAAACCAUGCAUGAAUCCACCAUCGAAUGUGUUGAAGGUCUGGAACUGAACGGUUGUGAUGCAGAGAUUCGAGAAAGCCGCAUUAGCAGAAUUGCGGUCGAGGGAUACGACACCUCCCUUCCUAGGGAAGAUGUCGAUGAUGCUUUGAGAGAACACUUCGCUUCAUGUGGAAACAUAAUACAUGUGCAUGUUCCCAUAGACGAGAGUAGUGGUACCCUCUGCAGAUAUGCCUUAAUUUAUGUUAAUGAAGAAGAUGAAGAAAAGGCGCUGAGGCUUGAUGGAAGUGACAUGGGAGGACGGAUUUUACAAAUUCAGUCUUACCCGUUUCACGAAAAUCACCUUGAGAAUUUCUUUGACCCGAUGAAAGAAGCCAAAGCCUAUAGGAUACAACACACGAUACUGGUUACGUGUGAUGACAUUUCCCUUCCUCUCGAUGUUAUCAAGACGGAGCUAGAGAAAUAUUUCUCUGCAAUCGGCUCUCUUGUUUACCCAGACGUAACCGAAUCUGGUGCUAUCAAAACCCUAGCCGACGUUUAUGUCCGUGGACAUGAGGGUGUAGAAAAGGCGCUGGAACGUAGUGGACCUUCUGUAGGAGGUUUGAAUUUUGUAGUUACUGAGGUUGUUCCACUUCCAAAGAUAACACCCAAGACUGGCUACAACCCACAUAACUUUACUAUCAUGGCUAGGAAGCAGAUAGAAAAUCAGAAGAAGACUGAGACUACGGCGGGAAAUCAGCAGAAGAAAAAGAGCAAGACUACGGAGAGAAAUCAGAAGAAGAAGAAUAAGAAGAAGGAGAAGAAGAGCAAGACCAGGGAGGCAUACCAGAUGAAGAAGAAGAGUGAGACUAGGGAGGGAAAUCAGAAGAUGAAGGGAGUAGAAAUCUCUUUCUGAGGAGAAGAAGACAUAAGCUUUUUAUGAUACUAACUUGUGUGCAAUGCAACCCUUCUUUUCUUUUGUCUGGAUAUUGAAUGUGUUAUGUCGUUUUUGUGUGCAAGACAGAUCAAAAUCUACAUUCCAGUAAUUUGUUCACAGCUAUUCCUGUAAUGGGUCAAAAUCCAAUCUCAAACAUAGUCCAUCUGCUCUAUCAACCUCUAUAAUUCCUCUU